AUGGCGGAAACAAGCUCAAAAAUCCCUGUGACAGUUUUCACAGGAUUCCUUGGUUCUGGUAAAACAACUAUUAUUAUUUCUUUAUUGAAACGUGUUCCAAAGAGUUACAAAAUUUGUUUGUUAAAAAAUGAAUUUGGUGACAUGAAAGUUGAUAGUGAGCUGGUUCGUGAAAGUAAUAUUGAAGUCCAAGAGAUGUUAAAUGGUUGCCUUUGCUGUGUUCUAGUUGGUCAAAUGAAAACAGCUUUAUUGGAACUUAAAGGCGCAAUGAUUAUGAAUAAAAGCGAACCAACGACCAAAAAUUCUCAAAACACAACAGAAAAUCUAAAUGAGGCAGAUGAAUACAUACAAAUGGCCAUAAAAUUUCAUGAAUCAAAUGAAUUAGAGAAAGCAACUUAUUAUUUUAGAAUGGCUGCUGAUAGAAAUAGUCCUUUAGGUCUUUUCUUGUAUGGUAUAGCCUUAAGGCAUGGUUGGGGAUGUAAACCUGAUCCAAUGCUUGCUGUACAAUAUUUACGACAAGCUGCAAAUUCUGCAAUAUCUGAUCUACAAGCUACAGUUGAAGCAAAUCCAACUAUAGCACGUCAUGAAUUAGUAUUGGCAAUUUAUGAACUAGGUAUAUGUUUUCGUCAUGGUUGGGGCGUUGCAAAGAAUAAACAGAUGGCGGCACAUUAUUUCGAAAUGGCUGCAAAUUUUGGCGAUCCGGAUGCACAAAAUGAUUUAGCAUUUUGUUAUUUACAUGGCGAGGGUGUCAAAAAGGAUAUGAAAAAAGCUGCAAAAUAUUAUCGCAUGGCUGAUACGCAAGGUGCCGGUACCUUGGGAAAUUCAUGGAUUUAUAAAAAGAAAUAUGUCGAAGAUAAUAAAUGA